AUGUACGAGAGCUCUCUUCCUGUCAAGAACGUUUCUUACGAAGAUUUGAGUGCCAUGUCAUGGGUUGAGCGGUUCAAGCCAUCGCGAGUUGUUAUUGUCGACUACGGCGCAUCCGACGCCACGUUGCAAUCACUGAUCGCUUCGGCGUCAGAUGUCGUUGCGAACAUUACCGUCGUUGCUGUCGGUUACGAAGCCAAAGUGUACACGAGGCAGGACAUCCAAGCUAGGAUGGCGACAGCAAGUACGAAGGUCUCAGUCAACACGAGUGGCGUACGGGACCGAGCGAUUGAAGCGCAGGGAGCUUCUGAGUAUUCUCAUCAGACGGAUCAAACUUGGAAUACAUGUCUCAAAGAGCAAGCGUUCGACAACCUGAAGGUAAAAGUUUUGACCGCAGUGGAAGGACGUGAAGGGAUUGAGGGCGCAUGGACCGACCUUUGCGAGCGAAAAGUUCCAGCUGAUUUCGGAAUGGUGGUCGAAUUGGCGUUAGACCAGACAAUCGGUUGA